CCAAUAUAGGUUUUUAAUAUCUAUGUGAAAGUUAAAGCCUUGAACUUAUCAACUUAAUACUUGUUGGUAGUUUGCUAUCUUUUCGCCGGAUGAAUUAGAAAUUCUUAUAUUCCUCUAAAUUAAUUUUCCAAAAAACACUGUGUGGCCAUCCCUAGCACUUUCUCCGGAUUCAGCUGUACUCUGAUAAAGCCGGAGGCUCGGAGUUUAGUAUUGAGUCCUCUGUCGGGAGGAUAACACUCACACACAUACCCCCCCCCCACUCAUUGACAAUCACCUCUUCCAAACAUAUUAACACUUUUUUAAAUAAAAAAUACAUAAAGACAGUUUCUAUUACUUUUUUUGUUGGCCAUACAUUGAUUUUUUUAGAUAAAAUGUAUCAGCUCAAACAGUUUUAUUUUAACAUGAUAAGUAAAAAACAGUGAGUUCACCACAUAAAGGAUGAGGCGGCGUGGAAAGGUUGGGCUAGGAUUGGCCCUAGUUUGGUUUGGUGGAAUGGUCUACUAUAUUCAGAUUACAAAAGACGAAGAAAAGAAUCGAGGAAUUAUGCUGAAACCAAAUCUAGAUUCUAAGGCUAUAAAUAAACCUGGAUCUAGUCCCAAUGCAGAUCUAAGCUUUCAAGAACGAUCAAAGCCUCAAUAUUUUGACGAGAAGAAUUAUCUCAGAAAUGGACUGCCAACUGGAGAAGAUCCCUAUAAAAAGAAUAAAUUCAAUCAGAAAGCUAGCGACAACCUGCCGAGCAACAGGUAA